AUGAACUCCCUGGAGAGACUCCUGUGGGGUGGGGCUGAGGCUCGCUGGCUCCCACGGUCCAGCGCCAUCUCCGUGGUGAAAAUCCUGAGGGUGCUGAGAGUCCUGCGGCCGCUGCGGGCCAUUAACAGAGCGAAGGGGCUGAAGCACGUAGUCCAGUGCGUGUUCGUGGCCAUCAAGACCAUCGGCAACAUUGUGAUUGUCACCACCCUGCUGCAGUUCAUGUUGGCCUGCAUCGGGGUGCAGCUCUUCAAGGGGAAGUUUAGCAGCUGUACGGAUCCGGCCAAGAUGACAGAAGAGGAAUGCAGGCUGCUGUACAAGGCCAUUGACACCCACACCGAGGACAUGGGCCCCAUCUACAACUACCGGGUGGAGAUCGCCAUCUUCUUCAUCAUCUACAUCAUCCUCAUCGCCUUCUUCAUGAUGAACCUCUUCGUCGGCUUUGUCCUCGUCACCUUCCAGGAGCAGGGCGAGAGCGAAUACAAGAACUGCGAGCUGGACAAGAACCAGGGCAAGCGUGUGAUCGGGGAGGACGGCGCCGAGGGCUACAGUGACUUGUUCCAGGAGAACUCCAUGCUCCAGAAGGAGAACGCCACCUUGCGCAUGAGGGUGAAGGCCAUGCAGGAGGCCAUUGAUGCCAUCAACAGUGACGGCAACGAGGCCAUCGGCUCCCUGAUCCAGAACUACAUCCGGGAGAUCGAGCAGCUCAGGACAAAGCUCUUGGAGAGCGAAGCCAUGAACGAGUCGCUCCGCCGGAGUCUGUCGCGGGUCUCCUCCAGGCCCCCGUACUCCCUGGGCUCGUCUCCAGGCCCAGGCCUGGGGGCACUCAGCAGCCCCGUGGUCUCCAUGGAGGCAGAGGCCACCGAAGUCCUCCAGCGGGCCAAGCAGGACCUGGAGCAGCUGAAGAAGGAGACCAAGCAGCGGAGGAAGAGCCCGGAGAAGGAGGCCUUUAAGAAGAGGCCAAAGCUGCAGCAGGAGAACGGGGAGGAGACGGACGAGAAUGAGGAGGUGCGAGAGGCUUCCCCCGUGGAGUGGGUGGAGGAGGAGGAGCGGGAGGAGAGUGGCUGUGAGGAUGAGGACGAGGAUUCGGGCAGCGAGGAGAGCCUGGUGGACUCGGACUCCAAUGCGGAGGAGAAGGUGGUGAAUUUCCAGGCUGAUCUGGCCGACCUGACCUGCGAGAUCGAGAUCGAGCAGAAGCUGAUUGAGGAGCUGGAGAACAGCCAGCGGCGCCUGCAGACCCUCAAGCACCAGUCCGAGGAGAAGCUAAUCCUGCUGCAGAACAAGAUCCGCGACACCCAGCUGGAGAGGGACCGGGUGCUGCAGAACCUCAGCACCAUGGAAUGCUACACGGAGGAGAAGGCCAACAAGAUCAAGGCGGACUACGAGAAGCGGCUGAAGGAGAUGAAUCGGGAACUGCAGAAGCUGCAGGCAGCCCAGAAGGAACACGGUCGCCUGCUCAAGAACCAGUCGCGCUAUGAGCGGGAGCUCAAGAAGCUGCAGGCUGAGGUGGCAGAGAUGAAGAAGGCGAAGGUGGCACUGAUGAAGCAGAUGCGGGAGGAGCAGCAGCGGAGGCGGCUGGUGGAGACCAAGCGGAAUCGGGAGAUCGCCCAGCUGAAGAAGGAGCAGCGCAGGCAGGAGUUUCAGAUCCGGGCGCUGGAGUCUCAGAAGCGGCAGCAGGAAAUCGUGCUGCGAAGGAAAACCCAGGAGGAGGCCCAGCCCUCAGGCACUGCUCUCACCCAGGUCUCUGCUCUGCGCCGCCUGGCCAAGCCCAUGUCGAACGGGGUCUCUGGGAGGCUGAGUCAGAAGCCAGCCAUGCUGGACUCGGGUGCGGAGGUGUCCGCCAGCACCACCUCCUCGGAAUUGGAGUCCGGCUCUCGCUCGGUCUCCAGCAUCGUGCGCCAGUGGAACCGGAAAAUCGACCACUUCCUGGGAGACCCUUCGCCCUCCGUGAAUGGGGCUUGGCCCGUCAGGAAGAAGUUCCCAAAGAAGGGGAUGAGCCAGACCUUCAGCAAGGCGGCCCGGCUCAAGUGGCAGUCGCUGGAGUGGCGCAUCUUUGACGUUGUCAUGCAGAGGAUGACCAUCGUCAACCUGGAGGCGGACAUGGAGCGGCUGAUCAAGAAACGCGAGGAGCUGGCGCUGCUGCAGGAGGCGCUGCAGGGGAAGAGGGGAAAGCUGCAGGCGGAGAGCCCGGAGGAGCAGAAGGGCCUGCAGGAGCUGAACGAGAAGAUCAGGUCAGGUUUGGAGCCAGGGCUGUUUGGCUGCGCCUGGGGCAUCCUUUGUGCGUGGGGGCUGCAGGUGGCUCAGAAAGAAGCCCAGAUUCGCCUGCUGGAAGGGCGCCUGAGACAAACGGAUGUGACCGGCUCCUCCCAGAACCAUGUGAUCCUGGAUGCCCUGCGGGAGAAAGCGGAGUCCCACCCCGAGCUGCAGGCGCUCAUCCACAACGUGCAGCAAGAGAACGGCUACGCCAGCACGGACGAGGAGAUCUGGGAGUUCAGCCUGGCCUCGGAGGGGAGCUUCUCCCAGUCUUUCACCCUGAAGGGCUCGGCCAGCCAGGACGACUUCAAGUUCAAGGGGGAACCCAAGCUGUCAGGCCAGAUGAAGGCUGUGUCGGCCGAGUGCCUGGGACCCACGUUGGACAUCUCCACCAAAAACAUCACCAAUUCCUUGGUGUCCCUCAUGGAGAUCAAGGAAGACGGGAUCGGCUUUUCCAUCCGGGAUUCCUACUACAAGGAUAAGGUCUCCCGCACCAUCAGCCUGCCCACCCGUGGCAGCACCUUCCCUAGGCAGUCCCGUGGCUCGGACACCUCGCCUCUGACCCGGAGGAAAUCCUAUGACCAGGGGCAGCCUGCCAGGACUUCGGACGUUGGCUUCACGCCUCCCUCGUCCCCUCCCACCAUGCCGCGCAAUGACCGCAACGUCUUCUCCCGCCUCACCAGCAACCAGAGCCAGGACUCCGCGCUGGACAAGUCUGACGACAGCGAUUCCUCUGUCUCGGAGGGCCUCAUUAACCCCGUGGGCGGUGCCAGGAGCGCCCGCACAGCCCCGCUGCAGUGCAUCUCCGUGGCGGAAGGACACUCCAAGCCCGUUCUCCGCGUGGACGCCACCAAUGAGCUGCUCUUCUCCGGAUCCAAAGACCGGAGCUGCAAAAUGUGGAACCUGGUGACGGGCCAGGAUAUCGCCUCGCUAAAGGUCCACCCCAAUAAUGUGGUGUCCAUCAAGUACUGCAGCCACUCAGGGUUGGUCUUCACUGUCUCCACCUCCUACAUCAAGGUGUGGGAUAUCCGGGAUUCGGCCAACUGCAUCCGCACCCUCACCUCUUCAGGUCAGGUGAUCUCUGGGGACGCCUGUGCUGGGACCACCACCCACACCAUCGCCAGCGUGCAGGGGGAGCACCAGAUCAACCAGAUCGCACUCAACCCCACCGGCACCAUGCUCUACGCUGCCGCCGGGAACUCUGUCCACAUCUGGGAGCUCAACAGGUUGCAGCCUAUCGGGAAGCUGACCGGCCACAUCAGGCCUGUGAUGUGUCUCACUGUGAACCAGACUGCGAGCAACCAUGACCUGGUCGUCACCGGCUCCAAGGAUCACUACGUCAAGAUGUUUGAGAUUGCGGACAGCGUGGUGGGGAACGUCGGCCCCACCCAUAACUUCGAGCCCCCGCACUACGACGGCAUCGAGUGUCUGGCCAUCCAGGGCGACGUGCUCUUCAGCGGCUCCGGGGACAAUGGGAUCAAGAAGUGGGACCUGCAGCAGCAGGAGCUCCUCCAGCAAAUCCCCAACGCGCACAAGGACUGGGUCUGUGCCCUGGCCUUCGUCCCCGGCCGCCCCAUGCUGCUGAGCGCCUGCCGCGGGGGUGUGGUGAAGGUCUGGAACAUGGAGAACUUCUCGCCCGUUGGGGAGAUCAAGGGCCACGACAGCCCCAUCAAUGCCAUCUGCACCAAUUCCAAGCACAUAUUCACUGCUUCCAGUGACUGCCAGCGACCUGACAGUGAAGCUCUGGAGCUGGAGAAGAUUGCUGAACGGCCCGACCAAGGCACUGGAAAGGCCGGAGCCAGGGGGACUGCCCAACAGUUCUUCGACCUUGGCACCGGCCUCCUGCCCAAGGUGCCUGGCCCCCAAUGA